CAAGAGCAACAGAGUCACUGAUAUCUACAUUGAGUUGGAUUUGCGCUAGCAGCCUCCAAAUAGCUCAGCGGGGAGCUGGGUUGAAGAGGAUUUUGUCUACCUUAUGAAAGACAGUUCAGAGUUAAUCAUCCACAAUCCUGGAUUUGAGCAGCUGGAGGCUUGCGGGGCUGCUGAGUGGCUGAGAGUGAAGGAACUGGACAAGAAGACUGCUGCACUAGGCAGGAAGCUGGCAAAAGGUCUGGAGACUGAGGAAGAAGAGGAAGAGGAGGAAGAUUUCUAUGAUACAUAUGAUUUUGAGGCCUCAGGCAUCAUCUUCAGCCCUGUGAAGAGCCGCUCCAGACUCUGCUCUGCACGGGACCUCUUUGCCAUCCCAACUCCGCAGAGUUUCCAGGUUGGGAUUAAUGUAAUUGAAGCACAGAAGUUGGUGGGGGUGAACAUCAACCCCUUUGUUGUAGUCAAGGUGGGAGAAGAAAAGAGGCACACGGCGACACAGAAGUCAACAAACUGCCCCUUCUACAAUGAAUAUUUUUUGUUUGACUUCUAUGAGCCGAGGGACAUUUUAUUGCACAGACUCAUAGAGAUCUCGGUUUUUCACUCAAAGAAGAUACCAUUUCUGGGAACUUGCAUAGGAACGUUCAAGAUGGAUGUCGAGACAGUGUACAGCCAGCCAGAUCACAGGUUUUUCCAGAAGUGGGCAGUUAUCAGUGACCCCAUGGACACCCGGGCAGGCGUGAAAGGCUUUGUGAAGUGCAACAUCUCUGUCUCUGCACGCGGGGAUGUUGUGGGCUUCCUUCCCACCUAUUCCAGGAACCAGGAUGAGGACAUUGAAAGGAAUCUGCUGCUGCCUAAGAGAGUCCCUGCAGAGAGACCCUGGGCCAGGGUCUGCAUCAAACUCUAUCGUGCUGAGGGCCUGCCCAGCAUGAGAGCAGGCAUCAUGGGUGGUAUCUCCAAGAUCAUAGGGGAGAGAAAAGUCUUUAUCGACCCAUAUGUGCAGGUCUCAUUCUGUGGGCAGCAGGGGGAAACGUCAGUAGAGACCAGCACCACUGAGCCCGUGUGGAAUGAGCAGAUCAGUUUCAUUGAGAUGUUCCCACCUCUGUCCAGGAAGAUAAAAGUCCAGGUGCGGGAUGAUACCAAUGUCGGUGAUGUGGCCAUUGCUACACACUACAUUGACCUGCAGGAGAUCUCGGACCCUGACAGGAAUGGCUUUAACCCCACAUUUGGCCCAGCCUGGGUGAACCUGUAUGGCUCCCCCCAGAACUCAACUCUGUGGGAUGUCCACAAAGACCUCAAUGAAGGCAUGGGUGAGGGCAUCUUCUACCGUGGGCGCAUCCUCAUGGCCAUCACAGUGGAGAUCUUCAGCAGCCCCAGUGCAGCAGAGAGGAAGCUUGGGUACAGGAUGAGAGGUGCCCUGAGAAAAAUGAAGCUGAAGAAGAAAAGUAAAAAAUCCAAGGAGAAAACUAAAGAACUGAGCCAGCUGCAGGGAGAGGGGGAGGCUGGGAGCUCUCAGGAGGCCGAGCAGCCCAGAGAGGUCACUGUGGAGGUCGAAGAGCUUCAUCCACUCCCUGAGAAUGUGUUGGGGAGAAAGGAUGAAUUCCUUCUCUUUGCUGCCUUCUUUGAAGCCACUAUGAUGGACUCCUCUCUCAGCUCGAAACCUGUCAACUUUGAAAUCUCUAUAGGAAACUAUGGCAAAUCUGAAGAGGUUGUGACCAAAGGAUGGCAAAAAGUAGAAAAAGGAGAAGUGAAAGAAGAAAGGCAGCCUUUACUGAAUGCUGAUUCAGAUGGUGAGCUGGAUGCUGAAAUCCUGACUCCAGCUGUAGCAGCAAUGAACAAAUCAGUUACAAAGAGUCUGAGACCAGAGCCCAUGGAAUAUGACAAGUCAUACAGCUGCCUGCCCAUGACACAUGAAAAACCCUGUGUGUAUGUAUGGAGCUACUGGGAGGAUCACACCUGGAGACUCUGCAUUUCCAACCGGAUUGUCAAACUGGCAGAGCGCCUGGAGCAGGGUUUGGAUGAUGUGGAGAAGCUUUUGAGAAGACCAAAGGCUAAAGCAGAAGAGCGGCUCAGAGAGGUGCUGGAGGAAUUUGUAGGUGGAUGCAGGCAAUAUUCACUCAGCACAGAGAGAAAAACAAUGGCUCGUCCAAAUAACCUGGACAGAUGUCGGACAAAAUACCUGAUGCGCAACACUAUCCUGUAUGCAAAGCAGGGGCUCCGUGUGAGGCGGCACCUGACCCGAGACAAUGUCAAGGAGAAGGUUAAGGAGACAAGGAGGAUCCUGGCAAAGAUACGCUCCGUGGCUAAGGAGCCCCAGUGCACUCUCCCUGACGUACUCAUCUGGAUGCUCAGCAACAACAGGCGUGUGGCAUAUGCCAGAAUUCCUGCACAAAACAUCCUCUACUCAGUAGUUGAAGAGGAGAAAGGCAAAGACUGUGCAAAGAUCCAGACUGUCUUUAUGAAGGUCCCUGGCUUACACACUGGUGAGAUCUUUGCCAAACUGGAAAUCUACAUGUGGCUUGGGGUAACCAAAUAUGCGAAAAACUGUUUGGCAGAGCUGCCUGAAGAGUUCCUUUCUGAGAGGGAGCAGGAGAUAGCCCAGCUCUCUGCCUACAGCCCUCCCAGCCGGCUCAGCAGGGAUGACUUCAGCUAUUUCCAGCUCCGAGCCCAUCUGUAUCAGGCUCGAGGGAUCCUCCCUGCAGAUGAUAAUGGCCUUUCAGAUCCAUUUGCAAGAGUGGUGUUUUCAACUCAUUGCCAGACCACCAGGAUGCUGGAGGAGACACUGAGCCCUAUGUGGAAUGAGCUACUUUUGUUUGACCAGCUUAUUAUUGAUGGGAAGAAAGAAGAGUUGAAAACAGAGACCCCCAUCAUUAUAAUCAACCUUUUCAGCCACAAUAAAUUUGGCUCCUCUGAGUUCCUCGGGCAGGCCUUUGCUGUCCCACAGGUGAAGCUGGUUGAUGAGCCAUACACCAAACCUGCCCUGCAGUUCUUUGAUUUCUACAGAGGCAGCAAAGCAGCGGGAGAGCUCAUUGCCACUUUUGAACUGAUCGAGCUCGAUUACAGUGGCUAUUUAGAGCCAUCAGUGCCUGAGGAUGUGGAGCCCAAGGAGCCUGACUACCUGGAAGACCCCCGUGCUGGACGGUUCAUCAUCCCUGAGGGCAUCCGUCCAGUACUGAAGGAGUUUCGCAUAGAGAUCCUGUUCUGGGGCCUGAGAGACCUGAAGAGAGUGAACUUGUUUGAGGUGGAUGAGCCUCAGGUGAUCAUUGAAUGUGCUGGCAAGAAGGUGGAGUCAGAGGUUAUUGUGUCCUAUAAAGAGAACCCCAACUUCACUGAGCUGGUCAAAUACAUGGAUGUGGAGCUCCCAGAGCAGGUAUACCUGCACCCUCCCCUCAACAUCUUUGUGAUGGAAAAGCGUGCGUUUGGGCGCACUGUGCUUGUGGGUAGCCAUGUCGUGUCUGAUGUGAUGAAAUUCUCUCCCAGAGUGUUGGAGGAGGAACCAGAGGAUGUGCCCAAAGCUUGCAAUGUCUCAUCUCACCAUCUUCCAUCUCAGACUGUGGUAAAUAUUGGACUGGCAGCUGGUGACCCAGGUUCCAGCAGUCACCCCCUUAGUUUUGUGAAGGCUCCUUUGAAGAAAAUUCCUAUCAAUAAGCUUGUAAAGAAGGAAGAUGAAUCUGAAGAGGAAAAAACCGAACUAGAAGAACUGGAUUGGUGGUCCAAGUAUUAUGCAUCCCUGAAAGAGCUGUAUAACCAGGCAUGCAGUGAUGAGGAAGAUGUUGAGAAUGAUGACCUGAAUGAUGCAGACGGAGGGAAUUUAAAUGCAUCUUCCAUUGACAUGGAAGCAGAGGAUGAGGCAGUGAUUGAAGCUGAACCUGCUCAACCCAAGAGGAAGCUCAUUGCCACCCUUCAGAUCUACAACUCUGAGCUGGAACAUGAGUUUGGUAAUUUUGAAGACUGGUUGUGUAUUUUCCCCCUUCAUCGUGGCAAAGCAAAUGAAGAUGAAGAUGGAAAUGAGGACGAACAUUAUGUGGGGAAGUACAAGGGCUCCUUCUAUGUCUACCCCAGUGAGGGAGCUGUUACAGAGCCCAAGGUCUCCCAGGGCAUUCCAAGGAACAGACCCAUCAAGGUUCUUGUAAGAGUUUACAUUGUUAAGGCUACAAAUCUCUCUCCAGCAGACCCCAAUGGCAAAGCAGACCCCUAUGUGGUGGUGACUGUGGGGAAGCAGCAGAAGGACACCAAGGAGCGAUACAUCACAAAGCAGCUCAAUCCUGUGUUUGGAGAAGUUUUGGAGCUGACAGUCUCCUUUCCCAUGGAAUCAGAACUCACUGUGGCAAUAUUUGAUCAUGAUUUGGUUGGAUCUGAUGAUCUGAUUGGGGAGACCAAGAUUGACUUGGAGAAUCGAUUCUUCAGCAAGCACAGGGCCAACUGUGGAGUGGCUGCUCAGUAUGACUUAAAUGGCUACAACAUGUGGCGAGAUGCUUUUAAACCCACACAGAUCUUGGAUAGUUUAUGCAAGAAAAACUCAAUCCCUGCUGCAGAGUACAGAUGGGAGGAGAUCAAAGUGGACAAUAAAAUAUUCAAGGUCCCUCCAGAGGCUUUUCCUGAAGAGGCUUCUGUGAGGAACAAGAGAGGAGUGGCAGAUGAGAACUUGUCACUGGAUGUUGAACGUAAGGCUUUGUAUGUCCUGCAACACUGGGAAGAGAUGCCAGGAUAUGGGCACAAGCUAGUACCAGAGCAUGUGGAAAUCCGGUCUUUGUACAACCCGGAGAACCCCGGGCUUGUGCAGGGCUCCUUGCACAUGUGGAUUGACAUGUUUCCAAAUGAUGUCCCUGCACCACCACCUGUCAACAUCAAACCACGACUGCCUGUCAGCUAUGAGCUCCGUGUGAUUAUCUGGAACACGGACAAUGUGAUCCUUGAUGAUGUCAACCCAGUAACAGGAGAGCCUUCUAGCGACAUCUACGUGAAAAGCUGGAUAAAAGGUCUUGACCAUGACAAGCAGGAGACAGAUGUUCACUUUAACUCCUUGACUGGGGAAGGCAAUUUCAACUGGAGGUUCAUCUUCCGCUUCAGUUAUCUCCCAACUGAGAAGGAGAUCACCUACAAGAAAAAGGACUCUGUCUUCUCCAUGGAGGAAUCAGAGUUUCAGGAACCAGCUGUUCUGGUCCUCCAGGUCUGGGAUUAUGACAGGAUUUCAGCUAAUGACUUUCUAGGCUCCAUUGAGCUGAAGCUGCAUGACAUGGUGUGGGCAGCCAAGAGCUCUGAGCAUUGUACCAUCAAAAUGGCCAAGGAGAAUGCAACACCUCGAUUCUCCAUCUUCCGAAAUAAACGCAUGAGGGGCUGGUGGCCCUUCAUCAAACUCAGAGAUCAAGAAGAUGAUGAGAGAGAGGAAAGGGAGUACAAGAGGAAGAAGAAGAAAAUGAAGUGGAGCAGCUCAGUCAGACCAGAGGACAUGGAAUUCACAGACCCCAGUGGGAACAAGUAUUUCCUGACGGGUAAGGUGGAAGCGGAGUUCCAACUGCUGACUGUGGAGGAGGCUGACAAAAGUCCUGUUGGCUUGGGCCGAAAAGGGCCUGAACCCCUGGAAAAGCCCAAUCGGCCCAAAACAACUUUCAGCUGGUUUGUGAAUCCCAUGAAGACCUUUGUGUUUUUUAUCUGGAAGCGGUACAAGAGAUACAUAAUUGUGCUGUUUGUUAUCACUGUUCUGACAAUCUUCCUGGUUCUUUUGGUCUACACCAUGCCUGGAUACAUCAGCGAGAAGAUUAUUAAUGGAUAAAUGCUCUUCAGCAGAGGACUAUUCAAAGAUGGGUGGUUGUGGCAGGAAUCAAGAUAAGAUCAGAAAGUUUAAUGAAAACCUGUGGGUGCAGAGACAGCCUAGAGAGACAGAGACCUGCAGAAGUGAGCUUUGUUUUCCUUGUGAAGAAAAACUUCUUUAGCUACUCUCUCUGAUGCUUGUGUUUUUUAGCUGCUUUCUGGCGCUGGGGGACAACCUGUUUCUUUGUGUGCUACAGGCUGAUCCUGGUUCAGCAGUCCUCACUACUGCCCCUUUUCCCUCCUUCCUGAAUAGUACAGCAGCAAGGACUACACUGGGACAAUAUGGGGUCAUGAGUGUGCUUCUGUGUUUGGUGUUGGGCUGACAAAAACUACAUGAGAAAAUAAAUUAAUAAAUUGUUCUUGGUAUGGUUUGUGGUGCACCAGGUUUCCUGUCAUCUGCACAGAAAAGCCCUGACAUGAUCUGAAUCCCAGUGGAGGUGUUUCAGCCAGGGUUUUGAGAGGACAGAUUCCUUCUGAGUAGCGCAGGUGAUGCUUAAUGGUACCACGGCUUUUCCAAAGAAUUUAUCUAACUAUGCAAUUUUAUAGCAAAGGUGCCUGCCUCAUGGCCUUUUGAAUGGGGCAGGAAUAGAGUAUGUUUUGGGGACAAAACUGUCUAGGCAGAGCCAGGCAGGUAGGUGUGAAGCAGGUGAGGACUCUGGCUGGACAUGAACUCCGAAGCCAGUGUGGGGCAGACAUGAAGUUCCCCCAGUGAGUCUAGAGUUCAGCCAUGGGGUAAGGACCCCAGAAUGCCAAAGAGAGAGGCCUCUCUCCCUCCAAGGGACCUUUGGGCUGCAAGGUGGGGGUGAAAUAGGCUGCAACACCUGCUUGGGGCUACAGCAAAGCCCUGGGCUGUGACAGUGCUGCAUUGCCCCCUGUUUUUUGCAGGGCCUAUUUAGUGGGAUGUUGCCUUCAUACAUAGUGCCUGGUCCUCCCCGGCAGCACCCAGUGGGUCCCAGCAGGGACUGCUCCAUUCAAACAAACUCAGUGCACUCUGGCACAUCCAGUGCGCACCUCCAGCGAGGCCUCUUGGCUCUUUCAGCCAAGAUCAACCACAUUUCCCACAUACCACCUGUUCAAACGCUGGUGUUGGUCUCCUUCUCAUAGCAGAUGAAGCUGGUGGAUUUUGGUGCCCUUCCUCUUGUUGGCUUCACUUUCCCCAAGGUCUGGGCUGGCAGAGUGGUUCCCGCAGCUCCCUCAGCUCCUGGCUGAUUGUCGGAUCUUGACCAAAAUGAAGCAGAACAGUUCAGGAAAAAAUACUUGUGAAAAAUGUGUAUUUUAUGAUUGGCUUUCCGUAAAUAUUAAAAUGAGUAUUAUAUGUGUUGUGUUAGAAAGUAAUGCUGUAUUAAUUCUCUUAAGUAGUGUGUUAAAUAUAGUUUAAGGUUAUAAAAAAUGUUAAAAUAGAAACUAUGCUAUGUAGGAUACUUUUUUUAAAGAAAGGACUUGCAGUGAGAUAGUAGCCACAGGACAUCUAAAUCUUUCAGAGAAAAAGAAUUUAUUGCCCUCUUACCAGAAGAAAUGAACUUCUUCCCACCUCGAAGGCACUGUUAGGAUUCAAAGGAAGAAAUUGAUGAUGACCAGGCCGAAUCUUGUGUUUGAAUGGAAUUUAUGCAUCAUGUAUGAAGUGUAUGAAUAUGCAACAGGUUGUUGUUUUUAAGGGUUAAUCCUUUGUUAACGGGGGUCCUUUUUCGGGCUUAUGCUGCCCAGAAAAAGGUACCCAGACAUCUGUAACUCUUUGUUUCUGUUGUCUCAUACUGUCUUAAUUCAAGUUGUCUAAAUUAUUGUUACUCUAAUUGUAUUACUAUUUUUAUAACUAUUCUAUUACUAUUCAACCUUUAAAAUUUUAAAAACAAGUGACUGGUGUUUUUCACAAUACCCAAAAGCCACUGAAUGAUUCCUGCCACAGUCUCUCCAGGCCAGGGAAAGGGGAAAAAAAGAAACUUGUUGCUUAAGCCAACAAAAAACCCAAGCUAGUUAAACAACAAAGUAACCUCCGCUCUGCAUGGCACACAGCACACCCCGGACUGACGCUUUGAACAAAGCCCACGGCUCCGGAGGCUCCCACACUCCGACCCCUGACCCACCUUAAAGUUACAGCAAACAUUUCUGGGCAUAAAGCCAAGACACGCUGGCUUCCUCAAAAGACUUCAGUUUAUAAUUGCUGCUGUGUGCCUGGGAUCUGCAGGUGUAUCUCUGUGUGUACAAAGUGAAUGGAGGGUGGGGUGGUAUCUGUUCAGGGUGUGAGUUUGUGAGCCAAGAGGUUCAGUUCUGCCUUUGCUGCUGGCAGCAGAGUGACCCCAGGCCUCUGCCCCAGGCCCCUCCAAGCCCAAAUGGGACCAUGAUUCAUGCCAGCAGUUCACCUUCCUGGUCAGCCCCAUGGCAGCCCUGAUCUCAGUGAGCAGUGGAUGCAGGAAGACUUCAGGUCACCCACCACCUCUGCCUUCAUCAGCCACGUGGAUCACUGCAAGGCUACUGACAACAGCCUGGAGAAGAAGAGCAGGGGUGGAGGGCUACAGGGAUGCAGCCUAAAGGCAUGUGACAGGUUAUGGUGGCCAGGGGUGUCAGAGACUGCAGAUGGGUCUAAGGCCUGACAUAUUUGGUCUGCAGUGAUGCACAUUGACAAAAUAAUGUAGAAGAAAUGCAACCAUGUAUUGGUCACCUGGUGGGAUUUAUCCUGUGAAAGGGAAACAGUACAAUAAAACUGUUGUUGGCAUGGAAGUGUGAUCAUGGGCUGUUGUGAUCUCAUUUCAUGCAUUGACUCCAUAUGAGAUGAUGUUGAAACUGGCCACUCCUGAGGAGGAGAUAUGGGGUGUGGUUGUGGAGUGGAGAGAUGGGAUGACAUGAUGCACACCAUGUUGGUCCAGGGGACACCCUGAAGGUGUGCUGCCCUCAUGCCUCUCCCACUCAGGAGCCAUGCUCUAUCUCCUUCUCCUGCCUGGGGUCUUCUCCAACAUCCAGGGGUCAGUAUGUAUUUAUUGCUAAUGCAACAAAUAAAAUUGACUUGCUUUUC